GCAGCGGUUCCGGUUAAUUGGCUUUGCGGUCCUCUCCGUGGAAAGGAGGAAGCGGGGGGGACAGGGGGGGAACCCCCCCCCAAAAAAACCCAAACUCCGGCCAGAUUCUGCUGGGCUCAACAUGCCUCCGGCGGUCCUGCGAGGAAAGCCGUCUCGCCGCCCCAGAGGAAGUCCGCAGCAGGGAGAGAAACUUCGGGAUCGUGGAGAGCCCGUCGCACAUGAAAAGAAUUUCCUGCCUUGCAGAAAAUAAAAACUCCAGUGUGGAGAUAGCUUCUGCUUGAUGAAUUGGCCUUCUUUGCUACUAUAAGAAGGACUGUGGCGAAGAAUGCGACUCCAUCCCAGUGACAUGUUCAGAGAUCCAACUGAACCGUAGCAGCUUCCUCAGCGAGAUUACUCACUACGCAGAAACCAGCCGAGACAUUAUUAUGCUGGAUUCGUCCGUGCUUGUGGCUGGGGUAGUCAUUGGCGUAGUCCUCUUUCUAUCCUGUGUGGCCAUCCUGAUUGGCAGCCUGCGAAAGAAUCAUUGCUUUCGACAUCUGCAGCUGUGGAGCGAUGCCAGCUACACUCCAGACUGUUUUUCCUAUGGUGGCUCCGUCGGAGAGCUAAGAUCCAGCUGCGCUGAAGAAUUCCCACCAACAUUUUACUUUAGCUCUUACAUGGAGGCACUUUCCCAGGCCAACAUCAUACAUCCAGACUCGCCACCACGGUAUGAGGAGUGUGUUGGGCCUGGAGCAGCCCAAAUCUACCUUCCAACAGAAGAUCCUCCACCUUAUUCCCUGAUAGACCCUUGUCGGCAGAAUGAUGUGUCUAUAAACAACCCCUUGGAAGAAAGGGGAUCUACCAGUACAACAAUGGGACAGGAUUCAGAGGGUUUGGUUAGGAUACAGGACCUGCAUCAACCUUCCACGGCCUCGUCAUCGCCCUUCCCGACCGAAACCGCUCCUCCGUACGAGGCUGUUGUGGGUGAACAGAACGUUCCUCUCCCACAAGCCUCACGGGCUCUGCUGAAAAGUUCAGCAGAUUAUCAUCGGACACUUUUCGACAGAAUAGCAUAAACGAAUUACACCCUGGGGGACAUCGGAAGGAAAUCUUCAAAGCGAAGACACAUAGCAAAAUGAAGUGGUCACUCACCCGCCGGUGGACUUGCAACAACAUUUAUCUCUUUUUUUCUACUUCGAACAGGGCUAGGCUGGGCUGCUUUUGGAGACACGGGUUUCGUUUUCUUUCUUUAGUAGAACAUCUUUGGAAAGCUGGCCUGUCUAAUGUCUUUUGCACUGUUUUCUCUCCCACUUUGAAAAUGUAAAAACACCAAAAUCGAUGCUAAGGAAGGCGGACAACUCCGAAGCAUUUUUAAAAUGUCUCCUGCUCACCCAGAGGCAUGGAACUGUCAAUUCUUGUUGGAUCUUCCCUGGCUUGGGAGGAAAAGUUGCCCAGAGUCAACUUCGGUGAGAUGGGGCAACUCUAUAAAUUUGAUUAAUAAAUAAAAUGCAUUUAAAAAAAAAAGUACAACCAAUAUUUAAAGCACUGCUUGUAAGUGGUAGAGAUAAAUAACAGAGGAAGGGAUUCUUUGUAAGGAAAAUGUGGGUUGGGUUUUACAAAAUGCACUAGGCUAAAAUGUGGGCUGGCUAGUUUGUACCUCAGUGUGGUCUGGGAAAAUAGCCAUCCUGAAGCCAACCGGUCUGCCUAUCAACACGACCUACCUCGCAGGAGAGUUGGGAAGCUAAUAAAAUAGGGAGGACACCAUCCAUGUUGCCCUUGAGGUCUACGGAGUAAGUUCAUAAUGACGAUGAC